AUUUCGUGGAUUAUUUCGUUAUAGACCAGUCUGACUUCUAUGGGCGGCCGUUUUAAUAGAAACAACUCGGCUCUUACACUUAGGUUUGUGUGUGUGGCACAGAUGUGUACUUGACCUAUGAAAUAUGGACUAGAAAUGACCUCCACAGCUGAUUACAGGAAGUUAUCGAAGCAGAAACAUGUUGAUGUGGGGAUAUCAAGAGCCAUGUUUAUGGGAUUUACUGAUCUUAAUGCCACCAAACCUUGACAAUUCCUCCAUCGUUAACGAAGAUGGCCACUGAUGACAGGAUGAGGCUCCAUAUAUAUGUUAAACAUGUCGGCACUGGCUCUGCGAUCCACUGAAAACCUAAAAUCAAUGUUGUAUCAAGAACCUUAAAACAUGACGAAUAAUUACUGAGGAAGAUGGCCACUUCGGAUCCUAUGAACAAAGUUGAUGAAUUACGGAAAUGUGUAAUAUGUUGGGAAAGAUUCAAAGACCCGAGACAGUUGCAGUGUGGACAUGGGUUUUGCUUCGAAUGUAUAGACAUACACUUCAAAACCCACGGUAAAAACUACGCACCGUGUCCAGUUUGUAGAAAACCGUAUUGGCCUGAUGGGCGAGACGCCAAUAAUCUCCCUAAAUCCUUGAUUCUUCGUCAACUUGUGGACAUAAAACCAUCGGCGGAUCAGGGCUGUGAGACAACCGGAUGUCGUCAUAAUAGUGCUUCGUGGAUGUGUUUGGUAUGCCGGAAGUGGCUCUGUGAUGCGUGCAAAUCACAGACGUGUGGUGUCGAAAAGGACGAUGAAACCCCUCAUAACGUGUAUACAAAGGAACAAAUCGGCCCUGGGCUGUUUGAUAUUGUGAGGAGAAGCCGCCAUAAAGUAUGCUAUAACUGCACGACACAUGACAUAGAAUGGUUUUGUCCGCAGUGUAGGACGCUUGUCUGUAAACUGUGUAAAGCCAAUAGUCACAUACACCACAAACUCAAAGACAUUAGCCAAUACACACGUGACACGCGCGAAGAUAUCAAACAGACCAUCGCGUCACUACAGAAAUUACAACAACAACACCGGAAGGACCAUGAUAUUUAUAGGGAUCUCCAAGUCGUCGUCAAAAUUGAGCUUUUUGACGCAAGUGAUUGCCAGAAAAUGAUGGAAAGAUGUACACGUGACAUUGACAACUGUGACAGAAUAGUGAUUCUGUUGACACAACUUCUCGAGUUUGGCUCUGAUGUUGUCAUCGUCGAUACGUUUCGCAACCUAGAAGAACGGAUAUCAACGGAAUUGGGACAGUGCCAUUCGUUAGAGCCGCUGUUGGCUAAAUUAAACAGCAGGGUUAUUGAAUGUGAUGAUGCGACAGCCACCUGGAUUGAUGCCUGUUACACAAAUCCAAGGAAACAUUUGAUUUCAGACUCGGGUGUAGGCUCCCUGUCAUUGAGCGAAGAAGGAAGUGAAGAAGAAGAAAUUCUCCCCGACAGUAAUCCUUGCGAAAUGUUCAACUGUGUCAGUAACGCAAAGGCUUCACUUUUGUGUUUAAAGUGUAAAAAGUGGACUUGUGAUUUGUGUUCAAAAAGACGCUGUGAUCAAAAUAACUCGAACCAUGACGCAUUGUCCGUACAAGACAUGGGCCGACAGUUGUAUGACGUCAUACAAAGGAGUAGAAACCAUACUUGCGCAGCACAUACUACAAAGGAGGUUACGCACUUUUGCCAAAAUUGCAAUGUUUUGGUGUGUACGACAUGCCGAGUCAAGGAUCACCUCGAUCACACAAUGAUCGAUAUCAUCGAUAAAUACAGAGACUGUUGCAAAACAUUAAAAUCAUACAAAGAAAAGUUGCAGAAUUCUGUCCGGAGAUAUAAAAUGAUCCGACAACAAUUUUCGGAAAUUCAGCAGUCACCGUACGCGGAUACACUUAAUCCAUCGUACUGUGAGGAUGUCCUCAGGAGGUGUGAUGCCGGGAUAGAUACCUGUGAGGACUUGAUCACACAAACCACGUAUCUCCGUCAUUACGGAAUCCCCCCUGUCGUCAUCGACAUGUUUCGGGAACUGAACUGUCAAGUUGAAGACGAACUCAAGGUUUGCCCGUCCGACUUCGUCACACCCCUGCGGCGGAUGGUGUGUGUCAUUAACGAUACCUUAGAACAAUCGGACAGACAUGGUGAUGAUAGAGUGACAUCCGAUGGCGAUGCUAAUGCUGAUAUCGAAACCACUACUGAAAACGUUUCGGAGUCUCCGACGUCACCCGAACUCGAGAGUAACGCUUCGAAUGCAUCAGUGGGAAAUGGUCCAGAAAGCUCAGCAUCAAAUACUCCAUUGCUUAAUGGUGCUGAGGCUAGCUCAUCGAAUGUCUCGGCAAAUAAUGCCCCAGACAUUCCCGGAUCAGCUCGACGUCGUGUGGUAAUGUAUGCACGUAAUGCAGCCAGCGAAAUACCUAACAACCCCAACGCUAGCGAGGAAAGCAACGCUAAGGCACAUAUCAGCUAUGGCGGCAUGUUACUGGAAUGCAUUAUUGCAUUCUUUCGUUACAUAGCGCGAGUUCUCUCCGGAUCUUCCUAGUCUUUAUCUUGUGUAUUUAAACAAAAUUAACGAAACCCGUGAGUCCUUCAUCUUCCAAUGGGAAUCUCUGUAGGUUACUUGAUAAAUAACUUUAAUGAUAGGAAAUGGUACACGAAAAUGUCACAUUACAUACGUAUCUUACGGAUGGUGUCGGCAUUACACUGCGAAUACGUUGGAACCUGAGGGUAACUCACAAGUGAAUAGACGAUGUCAAUAAAAUCAGAAAUAAAAACAAACUAAACCUAUCGGACAGACAAUAGUCAGACACAUGAACAAGUGGAUAGCAAUGUCGAUAUUCCAUGACGAUGAUAUUCCAUGAUGACGAUAUUCUAU